ACUGUGCAGAGCUGAGUUUUUCAUAUACACUCUCAUGUAUACACACUGUUCCUCCCAGCAGAGAGUUCCCAGGAGUGUUUGACUCAGGUGUUCAGUACAGAUCAGUCUCCAGGAGAAAUCAGAGUGAGUCACAGACUCCAGUGAGGUCCAACCUGCAAGAGAACCACGUACAAGAGGCAUCAGAGCCACCAAUUGUCCAGUCGCAAAAAUGAGUUGCUUUUCCUUCCUAAAAAAAAUGAUGUUCAUCUUUAAUGGCAUAAUAUAUGUAGGUGGCGUUACUGUGCUGGGUGUCGGCAUCUGGGUGAAGGUGGACGGAGGGUCUUUCCUGAAGAUUCUUGUCUCGGCGGCUCCACAGCUCAUGCAGCUGGUGAAUGUGGGUUACCUGUGCAUAGCAGUAGGAGGAUUCCUCAUGGUGAUGGGUUUUCUUGGCUGCUACGGAGCUGUGAAGGAGAGCCGGUGCAUGUUAAUGAUUUUUUUCAUCAUUGUCCUCAUUAUUUUUAUCGUGGAAAUGGUAGGAGCUGUUGUAGUGUUGGCAUUCUCUUCCCUGUCUAAGAUCUUUAUUGACUAUCUUGGGAAUGCGGCUGUGAAAUACCUGCGGAAUGAUUACGGUCAGAACAAUGAACUGACUACAGUAUGGAAUUCAACGAUGAAGGAGAUGAAGUGCUGUGGAUUUAAUGGAUAUAAAGAUUUUAUUAACUCCACCUACUACAGGAAUAAUAAUGAGUUUCCUCCAAUCUGCUGCGCCAAACUGAGGCCCUGUCAGGAGUCCAGCAUCAGCUCCCAGAUAAAGGGUUGCUUAUUAGCCUUUGAGUACUUCCUGGGUCAAAAUGGAAAGAUUGUCGGAGGAGUGGCUCUUGUAAUCUGUGGUCUGGAGUUUGCAGCCAUGAUGGUCGCCCUGAUGCUGUUUAGGCACAUUAAGAAAGAGUAG